AUGUCAGGAGGAAUCUCGCAGGACUGGGAACCAAUCGUCAUCCGCAAGAAAGCUCCGACAUCCGCUGCCAAGAAGGACGAGAAGGUCGUGAACGCUGCUCGCCGCGCCGGAGCUGAGAUUGAGACCAUCAAGAAAUCAAAUGCUGGCUCGAACAAGGCAGCCUCUAGCAGUACUACCUUGAACACCAGGAAGCUUGAUGAAGAGACUGAGAUUGUUGCUCAUGAGCGAGUGCCAAGCGAACUGAAGAAGGCCAUCAUGCAAGGUCGAAUGGACAAGAAGCUUACUCAGUCUCAACUUGCUCAGUUAAUCAAUGAGAAGCCUCAGAUAAUUCAGGAGUACGAAUCCGGCAAAGCCAUUCCUAACCAACAGAUCAUUAGCAAGUUGGAGCGAGCUCUCGGAAUUAGCAAAUUCGACAAUCUACCAGUCUACCACCACCACCCGCCAUUUCUGUAUCUCCCGCCCGCCUUGCAGCUUCCUGCUGCCGCAAAAUUCUUCAGGACUUCUCGCCGGCAGCCGACGUCACCGCCGGCCAGCCGCCGCCAACUCUUCUUCAAUCAGCUUUCUUACUCACCACUCUCCGCUUCUCCUCCUCCUCCAAUCUCAUGA